CCUUUUUGCUACAGAGAACUAUUGAGAUGCUGUGCAAACUUUCGCAAAGUUGGUGAAAGUUGUGUAGAAUGUUGGCCAGGAACAUAUGGAAAUAACUGUGAACCAUGCCCUCGCGGUUUUUAUGGAAGGUUGUGCCUGAUGCCCUGUCCUGAUCUCUGCACCUCAUGUAACCCAGUAAGAGGAUGUACUGUAACAACAAAUUUGCCUGAUAGCCACGGAAAUGGAAAUGUUAUUAAUUGGUUGACUAUAACAAUAUCGGUGUGUGGUAGCUGCGGCGUUGGAUUUACAGUUUUAAUGAUUAUUUUCUGUCUACAUAGGAAACGUUCAUCAAAACGAGAUCAAGAUGAAGAAACAGCAAAAUCAGCCGCAGAUACACAGCUGCAAAAUUUAACUAAUUAUCAUGGAAGAGGAAAUGAACCAGUGGUGAACCAUCAGAAACGACAUGGUUUGAAUAACGAAAAUGAAUAUUCUGUGGAUUUGGAACCUUAUGAUACUUUAACCUUAAAAAUCAGAAAGGAUCUCUUGAACACGUAGAAUGCUUAAUUUAUUGAAUGUUUACAAUGCAUGUGGCAAUAAAGAUUAUAAUGAUAAAAUACGGUGAUAACGAAGAGUAUUAAAGAUCAAAGUCCAAUUAAACAAUGCAGACAGGGAACAGAGCA